GUCAAGGUUCUGAUGGUUCUCUCAUGGGUCUUGGUUAUCAAUCAACACCACAGACAAACCUCAAUGACACAGAAGGAGACAAAGAAACUCCACCAUUCGUCGGAGAAACUCCACCCUUCUUCGGAGAAACUCCAACAUUCUUCAUAUCUCGCCCUACUGGACGCGGCAUACAGAAGGCGGCUAAGAAGAAAGGAAAGGGGGCUGCUGAGUCAUCAGAGAGCUACAGUGCUCAAAUUGAUGGAGUAUGAAAGUGAGUUGAAGGAUAGACAUGCUUCGAGGGCUGAGUAUGAGCGAAGAAGGAUGGAAUUCCAUGAACAAAAAUCAAAGCGUGAUCAAGAAAAGUGGGAACUUGAGAAAAAAGGGAGUGAAGCAACACUAUUUCGGAACAACCUUGAUCUUCUUGAAAAGGACUUGUCGAAGUUGACACCAAGAAAGAAGAAGUUUUACAAAAGUCAUCAAAACAUGCUCAUAGGGUAUGAUCAAGAUGAUCCCAACUCUAUUCCCGACUAUUCAUCCAACGCAAGUCAAACAGGAGGUGGAGAUGGAAGUGGAGGAGGAGAUUACGGGAAUUACUUUUCUCUUCUGGGCGAUUAUUGACAUGUUAUGUGUUUCCUUUUUAUCAUUUCAAGUUUUGUGUGUUAUUUUUAAGCUUUAUCUUUUUCAAGUGUUGUAUGUAAUAUUUAAGCUUUAUCAUUAGCAAGUGUUGUGUGUAACCUAUGAAUUGUACCAUUUGAAUUAUUAUUAUGUUAACUCCUUUAGCUUUAUCAUUUUCAAGUGUUGUGUGUAAACCCAAAUUAGAUCCAUAAUUGUUCGCCAAAAAAAAUUCGGUCUCGGAAUUUAACAAAAUUCUAUCGAAAAAUUUGUAUUAAAAAAUGAUGACAACCUAUACAAAAAUUAACAGAACAAAUUAUGUUAAGUCUUCGAUAAGUACAUUUUAAGUAAAUGGAAAACUGGAAAAUUUAAGACCCACAAAUAUGGAGAUUGAAGUAUUGGAGCCAAAGAAGGGAAAAUGGGGACCAAUAUCCAAAUUUGGGGAUGAAGGCCCCCAAAUUUGAGGUUGUGCGUUGGACUUGGCCUGGUAAAAGAGUGAUAUAAAAGAGUGAGGCCCUAGGAUAUAAUUAAAAGUGAAAUAUGAAUAUAAAAGGUAAUAGCUAUAGUGGCAAAUACUAACAUCUAUAGAGGCAAAAAAAAUUAUUAUUCAUAUUAAAGCAUUUGAAGUUGCAAAACUUAAGAGCUAUAGAGGCAAAUUAUAUAUUUGUAGUAUCUUUCAUAAUUUUAGAGGCACAUAAUUGUAUCUUUUGAGGCAAAUCGUAUAAUUGUAAUAUAUCUCAUACUUUUAGAGGCACAUAGUUGAACCUGUUGAGGCAAUUAUAUAUUUGUAGUAUAUCACAACUUUUAGAAGCACAUAAUUGAACCUAUUGAGGCGAAUUAUAUAUCUAUUGCAUAAGAUAUCCGUUUAGAGAUAAAUACAAUGUUUGCAUCAACAAUUAGUCGACAUAUGUGGGAUUUGUAGUAGUGGAUGGUUCUCCUGAAUAAUUCCAUGCACGAUCAUUUUAGAUAAUCGGUAAGAGCUAGCCUGCCAAACCUAACAUAGUUCUUGUCUUCAGUGGUGGACCUAGUAAAGGGAUGGGUGUGUCAUGCGACACACCCUCGCCGGGAAAUUUUGUGAAGCACCUACAUAUUUUUUGUACAAAUUUUUUUUUAAUUCGGGACUUCCGACAUACCUUAAAUAAUUGUGAGCGACACACCUUCAUUAUACGAGAAUGAUUUUCUUGUUAUGAAGUUAUUUAUCUUAAUUAGUAAUACACAAUAAUAAGUAAAAUCAAAUAAGUAUGCUUGUUUUAGAGUAACCCACACCACAACCUAGGGAUGGCAAUGGGGCGGGUUUGCGUAAACCAACCUCAUCCCCAUUUCCAAAUAUUCAAACUCAUACCCGCCUCAUACCCAUGCAAUGGAAGGUCUUACAAACUCAUAUCCAUACCCGCGGUUUAUCGAUACCCAAGGGUAAUACAGCCCCAUCAACUACUCACCAUUAAUAAAAGAAUUUGGUGACAAAUAUGGAUACUACCCCAAAAUUAUGGAAAUAAUACAUAAGAGGAUGAAAUUACGGUUUUGUUGCCAUCAAUUACAUUUUAACACUUACUUUUUCUUUUAAUUACCCUUCAUUUGAUUGACAAGUUACAAUAUAAUGCUUAUAUUUUAUGUAUAUAACAUAAUAUCAUUGGUGCCUUAUUUCAUGGUAUUAACCUCUUUCUUAAUCUUAAGCAAGUCCCUGAGAGGGCAUAAAUGAUCCAUGAUUUAUGUUUCAUCUUUCGUUGCCUUUUCGUUUGCUUGAGAAAUAGAGAUCGAUUCCGAUUCUUUCUUUUUCUAUCGAUUCUUUUCCGAUGGCGGGUUUGGGUAUGGGUAUGGGGCGGGAGAGUAAAAAACCAUACUCGCCCCAUACCCAUCAACCUUUUUGGGGUUUUAUACAUACCCGCCCAUACCCAGUCAGCGCAGGGAUUCCCUAAGUUGACUGGGUUGGAGGCGGUCGGGUACCCGUGCCAUGAGUUUGGUUGCCAUCCCUACCACAACCCAACAAUGGAAAAAAUAAACAUAACCCCGUCCUUUGAAACUCACCGUUGCCACCCCUUAACCCUUCCUUUAUUGAAAAUAAAAAAUGAAAUAAAAAACCCACCCUUACCCCGUUUUAGUUUCUAAUUGCCGAGAGCCACUGCGACAUCUCCCUUUUCUUUUAUCCUUUAACUUUACUUGCUUUUGGAAGUUGGUGUUGACUUUACAUGUUGCAAUUGAAAGCUGCGAAAUAUUUCAGCUAUGAAGAUAAUCACGAAUGAACUUCGAAAUCGGUUGAGUGACCAAUUGAUGAAUCAUUGUUUAGUUGUAUAUAUCGAAAAGGAUUUGCUUCGCAACAUAAGCAAUUAAUGUAUAUUUACAGAUAUUUCAGAACAUGAAAAUUCGUUGUGGUUCGUUGUGAACUUUUAGUAAUUUUCAGACAUUUCUAGUAAUUUCUAUUUAAUUUUAAUUUUGAAAAAGAAGUAAUUUCUAGUAAUUUUAAUUUUGAAAAAGAAGCAAUUUCUAGUAAUUUCUAGACAUUUCAUACAUUUUUAGUAAUUUUUAUUUAAUUUUAUUAUUUUUUAUUAUUUUUUAGUAAUUUUCUAAUUAUUAUUUUAUUUUAUCGGCGACAUACCUCUCCGACAAUACUGAGUCUGCCACUGCUUGUCUUCUUAAUAUGUAAACAAUAUAAACAAAUCCGUUCCAUUUAUUAGCGUUUCCUUAGGGGAAUAAUCGCAGUAAUUUGGAAAAGAAGUAUUUUGUGGAAGACAAUCAUUGAAUACAGUGGGUUGAUCCCUGCCGCAAUCGUAUUCUCCUCUUGUUGCACUGUAGAUGAAAUAUUUGAAGACAGUUUUGUAGACACAAGAUUCAUUUUAUUCUUAACAUGCAUUUUUGAGGGUUAAAGACACAUUUGGUCACUGAGAUUACUAAAUCAGACAUUUUUAGUCACUAGAAAAAAUUAAUACCAAAUUUUUUCACUAUAAUUACUAAAACAAGACACAUUUAGUCACUCGUCGUUAGUUGCCGUCCAACUCCAUUAAAAGAGUUCGUUAUGUGCAGACGUGGCUCACGCGAGCGCCUAGUCAGUGUCGUUUUGGGCCGGAAAUGUUCAAACACGACCCGCCACGUCACUAAACCCGCCACGUAAUUAACCCAACCCAAUCCAUUAACCCAACCUGACCCAGAAAUAAACCCUAACCCACCUAACCAAACCCUAUACCUUCUUUAUAUGCCUUUCUGUUCACAACAAGCCUUUCAAUCUUUCAUUCAUGCUCACAUCCCUUCGUUUCCUUCUCGUUCCGCAGUGCUCAUUAACCUAACCCGACCCAGAAAUAAACCCUAACCCACCUAACCAAACCCUCUACCUUCUUUAUAUUCCUUUCUGUUCACAAGAAGCCUUUCAAUCUUUCAUUCAUGCUCACAUCCCUUCGUUUCCUUCUCGUUCCGCAGUGCUCAUUUAUCCAUUCUCUACUAAUGGCGGGACACUUAUGCUUUUGUGGAGAUUCAACAGUUUUGAAGACCAGCUGGACUGAUGGCAAUCCAGGCAGGAGGUUCUUCUUGUGCAGCAAGUACGGGGUAAGUUUCCCUCACCUUCAAUUCAUCUGUACUUUCACCACUGGAAUUUCCUUUUCCUUCACCCUUCUUUCUUGUCUGUGCGAUUUGUAGACAAUGGGGCUUGUAAUUACUUCAGAUGGCUUGACCCAGUACUUGACGAGCAUAUAAAAUUUAUGGUGAUAACUUUCAUCGUCGAAUCUGUGAGCAAGAGAAUAGGCAAAAUGGGAAAGGGGCCAAAUCUAAUGUCAAAACAUUGUCCAUCUUCUUUGUGUUUGCUCUUGUAUUCUUUUGCAUUUGGAUAGGAAAGUAAGCAGCUCUUUGCUGAAUCCUACCAGCUAUACUCGAAGGUUCUCUGUAUUGUAGACUGCGUAACCCUAAAAAAAUGACAUUUCACGUUUGGUGCCUGAGAUUGCAAUGUAGAUGCAUGUUUUGUCACUUGAAAAGCUAAGAAAAGUACAUUUCGUACUUUUAUAGCAAUUCAUGGCUAAUGUCAGUCACUCGGAAAAGCAAUUAUUAGUCACAUUUUGUCACUCGAAAAACAAAUCUGGUCCAUAUUUGGUCCCUCGAAAAACAAUGCAGGGUCACAUUUGGUCACUAGAAAAGGCAACUCAGGACCACAUUUGGUCACUGGUAGUGUUCUGUAUUUUUCACAACUUGGACAAUUGGUUACAUACGAUAGUUAGUGAUAAAUAAAGCCUUAAAGGCUUCGUUGUCCAAAAGAGCCAUGUGCCAUGCAUGACCUAACAACCACUACGAUAGCUAAACGACAAGUCAAGUUAUAAAUUGGCAAAAUAGCAAGUCUGCAAUGGCUUGCAAUACCCAUUAAAAGCUGCCAUGUUCAAAAGAGCCAUUCACCAUGACCUAACCUAACCCUACUAUAUAUAAAUUUAGUCUUCGCAGCUGCUUUGCUUGUGUCGCCCGGAUUGCAAUCUGUGAGAUUUGGGAGACUUGACUUGCUUGACUUGGAAACUCACAGUUUGGUCUCCAUGUACUCAGGCAGAAACGAGACGCUUUGCGGCGAACGCUUCCGAAGGCGACCCUUUCGGUUUCUGGCUCUUUCUGUCAUUGAAGUAGCCUUUCGUCGCCCUAUCAAACGAAAGAAGUCACUAUCAAACAGCUCGCCCUACUGAAGUACCAAAGGUGCGCUCCGCUUGGUGACUAAGAAAGAAAUUGGUUUGCGCUUGAAAGUCGUCUCAUUUCCUUACUUCUUCGUUCUUUCUAAUUCAUUCACUUCAAGGCCGGUUCCGAACGCCGCGUAACAUCAUCUUCAACCAAACAAACCAAUAAAAAAGAAGAAUCUUAAGGGGCUAUCUCUUUUUCCCUGUCUAGAAGCUGAAGUUUAUCCUGAAGAAAGGCAUUCCUUUUUUGUAGAUCGGAAUACCUUUCUUCUAGCUUUAUUAAAGUAUCAAGCUGGAUUUUCUCACUUAUUUUUUCCCCAUCCCGGCGGAGCUUUUGGGCUAAAAAGCCCUCAAUCUCUUCCCAGAGAUUUCAGAGGGGGGACUUCGAAGCCAAAGCUGUAAAGGGAAUCAGAAGUUGGGCACGUUCUUUGUGUGAGAAAAAUAGAAAGAUAGUCUUAUGUUCUGUGGAACUUCACACCCAUGAGCUCUUACGAAUUGCUAACCUCGCGAAAAGAAAAAAAGAAGAUCAGCCCCCCAUGCCUUCUCUUAUAGAACUCGAUGUCGUGGCUAGUCUGCGGCUCUUUUUCUUUUCUCCUGACCGAGUCAAUCCGAAUAAGGUCUUUCAAGAUGG